CAAGCCCCUUCUCUUUUUUGUUUGUACAGGUAUAGGGCUUAAUUUGGUCUCUCUCCCUUUUGUGCAUGCUUUCCUCCAUAUCCCUCAGAUUUUCUUCACACCCAAUAUCUCUCCAUGAGGAAGCCUUGCUGUGAGAAGGAAGAGACCAAUAAAGGAGCUUGGUCCCUUGAAGAAGACCAGAAACUCAUUCACCAUAUCCAAAAGCACGGCGAAGGUUGCUGGCGUUCUCUUCCUAUGGCUGCCGGGUUGCGCCGAUGUGGGAAAAGUUGCCGGCUGAGGUGGAUAAAUUAUCUGAGGCCAGACCUGAAGCGCGGCAACUUUGGAGAAGACGAAGAGGAUUUAAUCAUCAGGCUUCAUGCUCUCCUCGGGAACCGGUGGUCACUGAUAGCCGGAAGGUUGCCGGGAAGGACAGACAACGAGGUAAAGAAUUACUGGAAUUCUCAUAUAAAGAAAAAGUUAAUAAAGAUGGGAAAAGAUCCUAAGAAACCCCAUCAGCUGGGAGGCCCUGGAAAAUCAUUUUUAACCAAAAACCAGCCACCUAAGCUUCUCAACUUCCACUGCCAUGGCUGCCAUGACAAUCAGAGCAACAAAACCUGUCUCCCAGACUUGAAUCUUGAUCUUACUCUAUCCACUCCUCCUCCUGCAAGUAGUGUUCUUGUGGAACAGAGGCAACUCAACCAUAUGAACUGAAAGUUCCUGGUGAUCUCUCCAUCUUUUCUAGUACUAUAUAUAUAUAUAUAUAUAUAUAGUUAACAGGUACUGCUUGGCUUCAUGGCUCUGGUUUUCCAAGGUUGUGGUGUUACAUAUAUCAAAGUAUAUAUACGUACCUAUAUUGUCGGAGUAAUGCUACAUAUUCAUCUCUUAUCAUAUUUUUAUAUGUUACUGAGCUAAUACGACAAUGUUUAUUGGCCGUUGAAUCAGUUUUCAUUAAAAAGAAAAAAGAAAAAAGAAAAAAAAAAAAAAAAAAAAGAGAAAAUUCAAGGGUUGAUGGGCACUGUCACUUUAGAACAGUUGUAUGAGAAUGAGAUGAGAGAUGGAUAUUUUGAAUUACUUGUGUCCUAAUUAUAUAAUCUCUUGGUGCAAUUCAAGAGAGUAGCUAGAAAUAACAUCCAACUUUAUCUCCCAUAUUUUUACAGUGGAGGAGUUAUAUAUAUCAUGCUGGUGUGUGAUAUUAUUAUGUUUGAAAAGAGAGGGGUUUUUUUUUUCUUCUUCUUUUCUGUGUUUCUAUGGCAUUUCUACUUUUAUAUGUGUAAAAUGUCAUGAAUACAUAUAUGUAUUUGACUCUAAUAUUUGCUGUAAAGCUAAUUAUUAAAAGUGAAGUUGUAGACUGA